GAUGAAAGAACCAGGAUGGACAUUAAAGAGGUACGUCAGACCCACAUUGUAGUCACGGGUUGGCGCGUCAACGUAACAUCGCGAGAACUAGCCCUGGUGUGUUGUUUGCUAAACAUUAGCCUGGAAGCUAGCAGGGACAAGUCAUCCUCCAUACUGUUUUCUCCGCGGUUUAAGGACUGCCAUGGAGGCCCUCACAGCCGCAGAGGCGGCGGAGAGGCCGCACCAUCGACCAUUCCUCAUUGGGGUCAGCGGAGGAACCGCCAGUGGCAAACAUCCGACGGUCUGGGGCGGCCGUUGGGAGGAGGCAAGAGAGUCUGCAGCUGCAGGAAGAAUGACGCAAACUCUCCGCUCAUGUCUACGUCGACAGUGUGCGCCAAGAUCAUGGAGCUGCUGGGCCAGAACAAAGUGGAGCACCGGCAGAGGAAGGUGGCCAUCAUCAGCCAAGACUGCUUCUACAGAGUCCUCACUGCGGAGCAGAAGGGCAAAGCGCUGAAGGGACAGUACAACUUUGACCACCCAGGAGCCUUCGAUAACGACCUAAUGUACAAAACGCUGAAGGACAUCGUGGAGGGGAAGGUCGUUCAAGUGCCGACAUAUGACUUUGUCACCCAUUCCAGGCUAGACGAGAGGAUCACGUUUUAUCCGGCAGACGUGGUGCUCUUCGAGGGCAUCCUCGUCUUCUACCCUCAGAAAGUGCGCGACAUGUUCCACAUGAAGCUAUUUGUCGACACGGACUCCGAUGUCAGGCUGUCUCGCCGAGUUUUACGAGACAUGACCCGAGGGAGAGACCUGGAGCAGAUCCUCUCUCAGUACACCACUUUCGUCAAGCCGGCCUUUGAGGAGUUCUGCUUGCCCACCAAGAAGUAUGCAGACGUCAUCAUUCCGAGAGGCGCGGACAACAUGGUGGCCAUCAACCUCAUCGUGCAACACAUCCAGGAUAUUCUAAACGGCGACCUGUGCAAGUGGCAGCGGAGCGCCGUUAACGGCCAGGGGCGGAGCUUGAAGCGGGCCCUGUCGGAGCAGUGCGACCUGCAGAACGGAAAGAGGGUCCUGCUGGAGCCCAGCAGUCGUCCCCACUAGCUGCUCCUUCGAGAAUGUUUUUCGUUACUGGUAUGGAUCUCACGUGCAUCCAUGUUUGGGCAGAUUAUAGAAAGCUUUUUGAUUUGUUUUAAGCUUUCGGUUGUGUCAAUACUAAUAUAUAUGAAUGAUAUUAAGAGUUUUUUUUUAACUUAUUUAAUGCCUUAAUCUAUUAAUGUUCACCUUCCCGUGCAACAAUAAAAGCACGACUACAAGAGAAUAAAUGUCUAAAAAAACA